AUGAUCGGACGUGGCGUGAUCCUCCUGCUGCUCUCAGGUUGUGUGGUGGUCUGUGAUCUUCAGCCUGUUCAGUUCCACUACGUCAGUCAAUCACUGAACUGGUAUGAAGCUUUCCAAAAGUGCAGACAGACGUACACCGACCUCGCUAACAUCCAGGGACCGGCCAAUAACUCGGAAGCCCAGCAGGCAGCAUCAGGAGGACACAUUUGGAUCGGACUCUUCAGGAACAUGUGGAAAUGGUCUCAAACAGGCCUGGUUCAGUCAUCCUGGUUCCAGAACUGGGCCUUGAAUGAGCCAGGGACGGGACAGUGUGUCAUAAUAUCUCAGUUUGGGGUCUGGUCUACCAGAGAUUGUACAGUUCAGAAUCAUUUCAUCUGUUACAGUGGUGCAACACAUGAUCAAAUCCUGGUUCAGACACCAAUGAAUUGGUCUGCUGCUCAGUCUUACUGCAGGGAGAAAUACACAGACCUGAUAAGCAUCAACACAGAGCAGGACAACAUCAAGAUCACUGCUCUGAUGCUGUCAAACGCUAUAAACACCCAAACUGCUUGGAUUGGUUUGUACAAAACAUCGUGGGGGUGGUCAGAUGGAAGCAAUGCCACGUACACAAACUGGAAAUCUGGGGAGCCUAAGGAUGGUAAGGACUGUGCCUUGAUGGAAACGUCAUCAGCUUUCUGGUUCGGUGAAGAAUGUAACAAGAAUCAUGACUUCCUCUGUUACCAAGAUGUCAAGCCCGCAGAGAAGAACAUGACAUACAACGUGAAGUACAACAUGAAGGUUCAGCUGAGGGUGGGAUCUGCAGACCUGAACGACCCAACAGUGCAAGAAUCCAUCCUGCAGCAGCUGAAGGUGAAGCUGAGCGAGGAAGGGAUCACGGAGGAGGUGAAGCUGACGUGGAAGACACAGCCUGAUGGGAAGAUCUUCCACAGAGUGGGUCCAACGGAGCCUCCUGGAGACUCUGGGGAGGAAGACUGUGACACGGUCUAAACGUUUCCUAAUUUUUAUUGGCUGACGUUCAUAGGCUGAACGAAUUUAUCCCUUAAUCUUAAAAUAGAGCUUGUCCCCUUGUUCUUUGUCCCCACUUGUGCUGAAUGUAGCCUGACAAGGUUUCGGUUUGAUUUAUUCUCAUAUUGAUGAAUUUUAUUGACUGAUGUUCUUCUAGCUGUCUUCACUAUCAUUACAUGAUCUGUGGAUUAAACUUUCUUUAAUUCCACAACAGGAACAGGUAAUUAUUUUAUGGCUACAAUAUAUUCUGCAUCAUUAAUGAUAUAAUCUAUAGUAUUGAUACUGCAUUAAGAUGUUUAUUAAAACCUGCUGGCUUUACAUUAACUUUUUAUUACAGCUACAGCUAAGACCAUUUUAUACACAUGGCAUUUUGUGCUCAUUAAAGAAGUGUGUUCUGCUCAGUCAAUCGAAGGUCUCAAGCUUUGUUUGGCGCGAAUCUCCAGGCAAUCUAUUGUAGGUGACUUAGAGCAACAGAAGGUUAAAACUGCAUACACGCUUACAAAACACAUAUAGUACAUAUAAUCUAGAAAAGCUUGAGUGAAGGCCUGAAUGUAUUCAGCUUCUUGUUGUAACCUGUGGCAUUUGAGUUUGCUUAGUAACAGAUGACAGAAGAUGGGUCAAAAGGAAGAAAAGUCCACCUCCAGGGCCUGAAAUCAUCACCAUAUUUGGGAAAAGAUGUUAGAAAGAGGAACUUCUGUGUCUGACCUUAGCUCUCAAAAUUGCUCAUUGUCUGUACAAAAUGCAAAUGAUGUUCUUAGAAAUACAAAAUAUGUUAUCAGAACGCGUGAAGGGGCGUUUAACGCUGACGUUAUAUAAACCAUUCUCUGUGUAUUUGUGGCAGAAGAAGUCCGCAGAUGUGAUGCUGUGUACUUCUUCCCACACGUGUGUUCUUAAUAAACUCUUCAUCU